AUGGGAAAAACUACUGUAGAAGCAAUGCAAUUGCUUAAUGAGAUUUCGGAAAAUGCUGUUCCAUGGCCCUCAGACAGAAUGAUUAUCAAGAAAAUGACAGGAGUAAAUCAAGUUGAAACUUUGAAUUCAUUGACACAACAAAUUGCUACCUUAACACAAAAAGUUGAGGCUUUUCAGGUAGGUGCUCACACAUUAUCCCAACUUGAGAAUUGUGAUGUUUGUCAAGGUAAUCAUCCAAAUCAUGAAUGUCAAGCUUUAACACAAAAUGAGGAACAUGUAAAUGUGAUUGGUUAUAGAAAUAAUUACUCAUUCGGUAGUCCCAUGACACAAAAACAUCCAGGCUUUCAAUGUAGUAAUCCUAAUGGUGCUAAAAAUCCUCAAAGAUUUUUUAAUCAAAAGCAGCAGGUACAGGGACCACCUGGUUUUCAAAAUCAAAAUAGAGGGCAACAAAAUUUUCAACAAUAUCAACAUCAGCCUCAAAGAGCUCAUCAACAAAGCCUUGAAGACAUGGUGUACAAAUUCAUUAAGGCUACUGAUGAGAAGGUUGAAAGUCAACAUUCAGCUAUCAAGAAUUUGAAAAUUCAGAUAGAGAAGGAAAACCACAAAAAGUGGAAAAGAAAAUUAGAACUUGGUGAAAUGAAAGAUACUGGUGUCUCUCUUCAAUUAGCUUAUCAAAGUAGACCAUUUCCCGCAACAGGAAGAGCAAUUAUUGAUGUUCAUCAAGGACAAUUAAUAUUGCGAGUUGAUGAGGAAAGAGUGAUUUUUGACAUGCAUAAAAUAAUGAAAUUUCCUGGGGAUGAGUCAUCAUCAUCUUGUUUUCAAAUUGACUUACUAGAUGGCCUUGUAGAGGAAUACAAAGAUAAUCAGUUAAUUACUGAUUCAUUGGAGAGAUGUUUGGCUAGGUCAAGUACCAUAAGUGAUGAUAACCCCGUAAUUAGAGAACAAGCUGAAAUAGUAGAAAAAGAGUCAGAAAAUAAGAAAGUCUCACAAGAAGGAGUACAAUUAAAAAUUGAACUCAAAGAACUUCCUUCUCAUUUAAAAUAUGUGUUUCUUGAACCUGAAUUAUUUCCAGUAAUCAUUUCAUCUUCUUUGACUAUAGAACAGGAAAGUAAACUGAUUGGAGUCCUGAGAAAACACAAAAGAGCCUUAGGGUGGACUAUAGCUGACAUUAAAGGAAUCAGUCCAGCUAUUUGUAUGCACAAGAUUCUUAUGGAGAAUGAUUAUAAGCCAAUAUUCCAACCCCAAAGGAGACUAAACCCGACAAUGCAGGAAGUCGUCAAGAAAGAAGUGGUGAAACUUCUAGCAGCAGGUAUCAUUUAUCCAAUAUCUAACAGUCCUUGGAUACCAAUUGCUCCAGAAUAUCAAGAGAAAACCACAUUCACAUGCCCCCAAGGUACGUAUGCUUACCGAAGAAUGCCAUUUGGACUAUGCAAUGCUCCUGCUACAUUUCAGCGUUGCAUGCCGGCAAUUUUCUCAAAUAUGACUGAAAAGUUUCAUGAAAUAUUUAUGGAUGAUUACACACUUUUUGAGGAAAUUGUUUUAGGACAUAAAAUUUCUGCUAAAGGGAUAGAAGUUAAUAAGUCUAAAAUUGAUCUUAUAGCAGGAUUAUCCUCUCCUACCACUAUUAAAGGCAUUAGAGAUGAUUGCAAAAAAGCAUUUAAGAUUCUCAAGGAACAUUUGACUAAUGCUCCAAUUCUUGUUUCUCCUGAUUGGAGUGAACCAUUUGAGAUAAUGUGUGAUGCAAGUGAUAUAGCAGUUGGAGCGAUAUUGGGGCAAAAGAGAGACAAGAUUUUCAGGCAUAUUUACUAUGCCAGUAGAACCCUCAAUGCAGCUCAAAAGAAUUAUGCUACAACUGAGAAGGAACUACUUGCAGCAGUAUUUGCAUUUGACAAAUUUCAUUCCUAUUUGAUAGGAAUAAAGGUUACAAUUUAUACUGAUCAUGCAGCUUUAAAGUACCUCUUAGCAAAGAAGGAUUCUUGA